UUUCCGGUGAAACCUCAGAGGAGAAGAAACAUCAUAUAGGGUCUACAGCAGUCAGGAGUGUUCCUCUGUUACACAAUGAGUCAAAAUCCCCCUGCACACACCAAAGCUGUCCAGUUAGUGGAGAGCAACAGUCGACCAUGUGGUGUCCAGCUGGUCAGCACCGCCAGGACAAACAAAUCAGCUGAUCCGAUGGACUUAGUGGAGCUAGCUACCACCAUACAAAAGGCUGAUGAAUUUGUUAAAGCUACAGCAGGCAGUAAACUGACGGAGAUCGCAAACCAGAUCCGCUACCUACAGGAGCGGGCCAGAAAGGCUUUAGAAGAGGCCAACAGAGACAACAAACUCCAUCAUUACGCCUGUAACUUGGUGAAGAAACCAGGCACCACAUACUAUCUGUAUGAAAGAGAAUCCGGACAGAAGUAUAUGUCAAUUCUAUCUCCUGAAGAAUGGGGUGCAUCUUGUCCACAUGUAUUCUGUGGAGCCUACAAAUUAGAACAUGAUAUGUCAUGGACUCCUUUAGAAGAGGUGGAGGAACGUAGUCAACAAUUCGCUCUCAUUGAUAAAAUCUUAGACACUCAGAAAGCAUUGCCUGAAACAUCAUCCAUCACCGGUAUAUUUGGAGACAAAUCAUAGAGUGAACGGUCGUGGAGUGAACAACUAAUGUGUGAUUGGAAUGGACUCAUGUGUAAUGUUGUGUAUACAAGUUUGAUAUGCAUGUGUGAAAGGAUUUGUGAAUACAUGUGUCACAGAUGAAAAAUGUGAUAAAAAUUUUGCAAUUCAGAAUAACUGUGAUGAAAAGUAGGGAAGUUUGAAUUUGAAGGUGACUUUUACCAAUCAUGCUAUUGAAUUUUGUUUUAAAAUGUAAGGAUUACUUUUUAGAUCAAUAUUUUAAUCAGAUGUUUGCAACCAUCAGAAGAAGAGUUGAUAAAUUGAAUGUUCAAUAGAUGUACCAUUGUCAGUAUUUUGUUUUAUUAAUUAUUACAAUUUUAUCCAUUAUGUACUUCAUAAUUAUUAAACCAUCCUUGAGGGCUAUAGUACAAAUUACCUGCGGUUAUAUUUAUGUACAUGCUUUUUCUUAUGGUUUAUUUUAAAUUAAAUAUCCCUUUUAUUGAAUUUAUUGUUAACAUUAUUUGUAUUUAUUGUUCACAUUUUUGUAUUUAAGGUAAUUUGAAAAAAUGAAAAUAAAUAUUUCAUAUUGAAAUAAUCAUCAAAUUUGUUUUUGAGGAAUAGUGUAUUUGUAACACAAGCACAUAUUUGUAGCCAAAAACUUACUGUAAUGAGAGGGUUUGACACCAGUGGCCUGAGUCCACCAAAGUUUGGAAUGUCCACCAAAUGCUACACAUGUAAUAGUGAUAAUUUCCCUUCUCUGGAAACACCUGCAUGUCAGGUUUAUGUCUCACAGUUGAUUAGAUAGCAAGAGAAUGUUCUUUCUGAGCAUGAAUAUGUUUUACAUGAAGAAUUUCAACAUAAGAGGAAUCUAGAAAACUUGAAAUAGCUUUGUAUCAAUUUUUGUGACCUCUUACAUAAACUAACUGUCCUACUGAAUAUUUCAUAUUGUUAAAUAUACAUUUUUGGUUUCAAGUUGGCAACAUACUUAAAUCCACAGAGAGUAGCUAGAAAAAUUAUUUUUUUAUAUCUAUUUGACCUUAACAAAUUUAUAUCAAUAUACACUCCAUAAUCCCCAAAAAAUUACAUAUUUCUCAGUAUUUCAUAAGUAUGAAACAUGAAAUUUUGGAUUGAAUAAAAGAUAAUGAAAAACUA